AUGUUAGACUCUCCAGAAGAACAUGUUCUUCAGUCAGCUUGUGAAGCAUUGUACAAGUUUGCAGAAAAAUGUAAGUUAGAUAGUCUUUCCCUCAUUGUUGCUCUUUUAUUUAUAAGAUUUAUAUUUAUUCUUAAGUUUAGUAGAAAUGUUUGUGGAAUGUCUUAAACUUCUGUGACGUAUCAGAUGCAAGAACCAACAAGAAAUUCACACUGCCUGAACACAGUGCUUAGUUAAGGUGGUGUUCUCAUAAGAAAACGUGCAACAACACAAGUUUCAUGCUGGGUGACUUUUUGAUUUUGUAUUGCAUUAAACGUGUUUACAUACUUUGUCCUCAUCACAUGACCAGUGCCCAGUUGUUUGAAGGCUGAUUAGUGCUAACCCAGGGUUAAAUAUUAACCUGGGUUUCUUUUUCUUUUGUUCAAAAGCAUUUUGUCAGAUAAUUUUCUCUAUUCUUUUUAGAGCAUCCGAUCAUCAAAUUAUAGCCAAAAAGAAUAAAACUGAAUUUCCUUUUUAAGCUUUCAUAUCUGAAUUCAAUUUCGCACUAACCCUGGGUUAUCUUAACCCUGCUAUGAACAACCCGGCCCAGUGUGAUAACACCAUCUUAGAUUGAUGAAAAUAGCGCUUGCACUACCCACUCCCGUCCACUGAGGGGCCUGUGGAAGCAUGUUUGUCAGGCAUUUCUCGCCCUUCGCUUUCUCCCCUUUUGGCUUCUUUCUUCCCCUUUCUCCCCCAGAAACUCCUGAUACUCAGGCUUCAGGCUAGGCGCUAUGUUUGUGGCUGCCACUGGGCUUCGUCUAUAGAACACUUGGGGAGUUAUACACAGUAGGGGGCCAAGGGAGACCAUUACAUUAGACAUAGUAACCCACAAUUUUUAUAACUUUACUGGGAAAUGAUUGGCUGUUAAGCCAGAUGGUAGCCUGUUCCACUUCCUUCCAUAAGAAAAGCAAAAUCAAAGAGAGACACAAUGAAGAAGGUAGAUGUACAAUGGCAGAUCCAGACCUUCAGAUAAGGGGGGGGCCCGGUAUCUAAAAAAUUUUUUUUCGACCCUUUGGGCCUCAUUUUGGUCAAAAAAUAAGUUGGGCCGGCCUCCCAGAUCCCUCCCCUGGAUUCGCUGCUGAUGUACACAGGGUAACAAGUCUGCAACUUUGAACAUUUCUUAUUUGCUACUUAGGUGAUGAGAACAGACAGGAGCUUUUGAAUCUUGGAGCACUAGAACUUCUGUUAAAACAGGUUUUAUCAGAAGACAAAGUUGUCAGAAGGAAUGCUACCAUGUGUCUUGGAACUAUGGCUCAAAAUGGUUAG